AAGAAGAUGAACAAAAUGCCUUUUCGCUCCUGUCCUUCGGAGCUCUCUUCAAUUCACAGUUCAAAAAAACCCUAAAUAAUUUAAUUUUUCUGCUCCGUUUUUUGCUUUCUCUGUGGCUGUUUUACGCGUAGACAAAUGUCUUUUUGAUCUUGGUUUCAUUUUGCUGAUUUUCGGCGUAAUAUUUGAGCUGCAAAAGCAUAAUUUUAUCUGGUGUUCUCGGAAUUUUAUUUGCCGUAUUUUGAUAGGUAUUUGGAUCGGGGAGUUGAACGAUUUUAAGUUGGCGGAGGGAAAUCCGUUUUUGAAUUUAGGAGUUGAUUAAUUGUUCGAGUUUGUUUUUCUUUUAUCGGAAAAUUUGGAAUUGUGGCGAGAUUAUUGAAAUUGAGGAUUUGAAUUCGAUGGGGGAAGAAGAUUCCGCUGGUGCGCCUCCGAAGAAGGCUCAAUCAGAUGGUGCAGCGUUGAGUAAUUCUUCGUCAUCGGAUAUUCCGUCUAAGAAGCUCGCUAGGCAGCUCGAUUUCACUGGCUAUGGAGGCGCUCCGCAUCCUCAAUCUCAUUCAAACUCGCAUUCACAGUCGCAGACUCCAUUAGUAUCUCAGAAUCUUCAGCAAGCUCAGCCGAAGCCACAGCCGCAGAUGGUGGCCGCGUCGAACGCACCUUUGGCGCCUCAUUCGUCAGUUAGAACUGUGAAAUCAGAAUCCCCUAUGUCAAGAGCAAGACCUGCUGUUGAAGCUAAAGAUAGUACUCCUAAGAAGCAAAAACAGUGUAACUGUAAACAUUCGCGGUGUCUAAAAUUGUACUGUGAAUGCUUUGCUUCUGGAAUAUACUGUGAUGGCUGCAACUGCUUAAAUUGUUAUAACAAUGUUGAAAAUGAUGCUGCUAGAAGAGAAGCAGUCGAAGCUACAUUAGAGCGUAAUCCAAAUGCGUUUCGACCAAAAAUUGCUAGCAGUCCUCAUGGAAUGCGGGACAACCGAGAGGAGGCGGGGGAGCUGCUGAUGUUGGGUAAGCACAACAAGGGAUGCCACUGCAAGAAAUCGGGUUGUCUUAAAAAAUAUUGCGAGUGUUUCCAGGCGAACAUUCUCUGCUCGGAAAAUUGUAAAUGCAUGGACUGCAAGAAUUUUGAGGGAAGUGAAGAGAGACAAGCUCUUUUCCAUGGAGACCAUGGUAACAAUAUGGUAUUCAUUCAGCAGGCAGCUAAUGCUGCCAUAACUGGAGCUAUUGGCUCCUCUGGUUAUGCUUCACCUCCUGUAUCCAAAAAAAGGAAAGGUCAAGAACUCUACUUUGGAUCGACGGCCAAGGACCUAUCAACUCAUAGACCAGUAGCAUUUCAACAGGCAAAUCAUGCCAAAGCCACUGCUCCUCCGUUACCAUCCUUCCCCAUUGCUGGUGUUGGAAGCCCGUCAUUGUUGGGUCCCUCAAAGUUUACCUAUAGGUCUUUAAUGGCAGACAUCAUUCAAUCACAAAAUUUGAAGGAUCUUUGCUCUGUUUUGGUUGUGCUAUCAAGUGAAGCUGCCAAAACAUUUCAAGAUCAAACAAAUGCUACAGAAAAGCAAGCUGAUUGUCAGAUAGAAACUUCUGUUGCAUCAUCCAAUCAAGAUAGGUUGCAGAAAAAAGAUGUAUCCAACGAGAAAGCUGCAGCCGAUGAUCGUUCAAGCGCAAACCAGACCAACAAAACCACCACUGAUGAUUCCAAUUCAGAUGGUGGAGAUGUGUCAAAGGGCGCAACCAUGUCUCCCGGAACAUUGGCUUUGAUGUGCGACGAGCAAGAUACAAUACUAAUGGCUGCUGCUUCCCCCAACAGAUUAAUGGGUCCUGGCUGCAGCACUUCUUCACAACUGCCCCACAGACAAGACAUGUCAGAGGUCUAUGCCGAGCAGGAGAGGAUCGUCCUUACGAAGUUUCGGGAUUGUCUCAAUAGACUCAUCACUUUAGGAGAAAUAAAAGAGACACAGUGUUCCACUUUAGCCAGAAGUGAAGUAGGUAACCAAGAACACUCACUCAACCAUGGCACUACAAAUUCUAGAACCGAAACACAAACUCAUUUGGAACAACUCAACAAUAAAGUUACAAAAUCUUCGAUCCCACCAUCGGGGAAGACCACGCAGACGGUAACCGCUACAGUCAUGACCCUUAGUAACGAUCAGCGACAGAAAGUUUUGCCUCUGUCGUGAAGAAACUGGUAAUAUCAAACCAAAACUGAGCCAUCAGAGUUGGCAAACAGAAAUGUAGCCUUAUGUUAUCCAUCAAGGUGAUAUUUACCGUCCCGACCCUCAUGCGCUGACCCAUCAGAGUUGGAAGCUAUAUUUGGACAAAAAUGUCCCACGGGUUCCUACAUGAUUAAUGUAAGUUAAUUUUCAUUUAGAUUUGAUAUUGAGUUUCCCAUCUUAGCUUUGUAAUUUUAGUUAUUUUUCCUCCUGUUUAGGAGAGGUGGAAGAUAGGGAUUGUUGUUUUCAUAUUUCUAGAUCAAAUGAGAAAUGGAAAUCCUUUGC